AUGAGUCCGAGCGGAGCGGAGGUGCACGCGGUGCCGGCGCCGCUCGGUGCCGAGUUUGACCCGGUCAGGAAGGAGGAGCAGCUCGUCUGCGUGACCAGUGCCAUGGCGUUCCCCCCGUUCGGCGCCGCGCCGCACGGUGCCGGCGGUAUGCUGCCGGGUUACACUGUCGCCCGGCCCAGCUACCCGGUCAUGAUGCCCGACGGCUUCGCCUCCGGCGUCCCCUACGGUCCAGCGUCCGGCAACAGCAACGGCCGCAAGCAGCGGCGUGAGCGCACCACGUUCACGCGUCAGCAGCUGGACAUCCUCGAGGGCCUGUUCCAGAAGACGCGCUACCCGGACAUCUUCAUGCGCGAGGAGGUGGCCAUCAAGAUCAACCUGCCGGAGUCGCGCGUCCAGGUCUGGUUCAAGAACCGGCGCGCCAAGAUCCGCCAGCAGGCCAAGCAGACCAACACGAACGGCACGGCGCCGCCGCCCGAGACCAAGCCGAAGCCGAAGCCGCGCACGCGCACG